AUGUAAAAUUAAAAACUUUGUCUUUUUUUUCUCAAAAAUAAAUGUAACAAAGGUGAUUAAUGUUCUUAUAAACAUGAUAUUGCAGAAGCUGAAAAAAUUUAAAAAGGCAUUUAAUAAUAAAGACAUAGAAUUCCGGAUGGAUAUAAAUAAUAAAAUUAUUAAAGUGAUGAUUAAACAAAAAGUAGUUAAAAUUAAUUUCGAUUUGAUGGUAUUAUUAAAUUAUGAUAAAAGGAUUGUAAUAAAGAAAAUAAUAAAAUAAUAUAAACAAUAAUUCAUUUACAAGAGAUAGAUAAUAAAAUGAUAAUUAAUUUAGAAAAUUUAAUGACAAUUAAGGUGGACAAUUUAAGAAUAAUUAAGAAAGACAAUUUAACAAUAACUAAGGAAGAUAAUUUAACAAUAAUUAAGGAAGACAAUUUAACAAUAAUUAAGGAAGAUAAUUUAAUAAUGAUUAAGGGAGAUAGUUUAAUAAUGAUUAAGGGAGAUAGUUUAAUGAAAAUUAAGUAAGAGAACAUUAUCAAGGUAGAGAUUAAAAUAUGAGGUAAAAUAAUGAUGGAGAUUCAUAAAAUGAUAGAUAAUUUAAUGAAGAAAAUAAUUAAAGAAGAAGAUAAAAUCAAUAAUAAGAAAAUUAAAUGGCAUAACCUAAUAGAUUUUAAUAAAAUAAUUAACACUUUUAGUAAAAAUAAGAUUUCAGAUAAUAAAAUCCAAGAUAAAAUUAAAAUGAAUUUAAAAAUAAUGCAAGAUAACUUGAAUGUGAGCAUAAAAUAUUUACUUAAAUUUAAACUUUUGAAAUCACUGAAUUUGUUUAAUCUAUCUAUAUUGAAUAAUUUUAAGUCUUAGGAGUGGCUAAGAAAAAUGCACUUAUAUUUUAUAAAGUUAAUGAAUAAGUAAAUCUCAAUAAUAAGACUUAAAUUUAAUUGCCUGAAAAUAUAUGCUCAAUUUAUUAGAUUUGGAGUUAAGUUAUUGAUAAUUAACUUGUAUUAAUUAUUUCUUAUCAGACAAAGAAAAUAUCAUUAAGAAAUAUUGCAAUUUAUCCAAAUUUGUGGUAAAGUUAUUAACAUUAUACAAUAUUGGAUGUAAGUAUUAAGGAAAUUGUACAUUGUAGAAUCUAAGGAAAUUUAUGUUUAGUUUUUAGCAAUGAUGGAACUCUAAGAGUAUAUGUAAUUCAAAAUACAACAAUAUUAUUUCCACCAAGAAUUUAUAAUUUUGAAAAUCCUAUUGAAUCUGUUCUAAGUAUUCCAAAAUCAAAUAAUGAUGAAACAUAUUAUAUUGGUUUUCAGAAUGGUUAAUUAUUAUCUUUUUAAAAUGGACAAUUCAUAUAAAUUCCUCAUGAAUUAAACAAUUAAAAAUUUGCAUUAGUUGAUAUGAAAUAUGAUUUGAACAAUCAGCAACUCUUUUUAUUAUUUUGGCAUUUAGAAGAAGAUUUAAGUUAGAUAAUAGUCUUAAACUUAAAUACCAUGAUUACUGUGUUGAUAUUUAAAUAAAAUGUUAAAAUUUCUCAAAUAGAAAUACUAAGAGAUUUUAUUCUCUGUUCUAAUUCUUUAGGGAUUGUUGAUAUUUUAAAAUUUGAUUAGAAUAUGUAACUAUCUCCUUUUUCAUAUUAUCCUCAUUAAAUAGAAUAAUGUAAGAAUUCAAUAUAAUAUAGCAAAAUCAUACAAUAAAAUUUAAAGCUUGAACAAAAUUACAUUAAAGAAUCAAAAUCAAGUUGAGAUAUAAUUAUUACUUCUAGGUAGAACUUGUUCAGGAAAUUAAACAUAGAAUAAUAUAGAGUUACUUUGUUUUAAUUGA